UAAAGGCAGUGCUUUAAUGCCUUUCUAGUUGCCGGGUUAAUCCUUCCUUCCGCGAUAUCCAACUUAUCUACGUGGGGGGUCAUUAGACUCCAAGUAGAUCCGGAAAUGUUGAAUUCUCUCCUCUUCUUAUUGCGAUAUAAAAUGUUUUUUGUUUCAUUUCAUUUACAUUGGGAAAUAGAGAAACGAUCAUUGUGUUUUGUUAGUUUUAAAAACUUUUGAUAUAUUAGUAUUUUGCAUUAUAAGCAGUCAACCGAUUGACAAACUAGAAUUAUUUGAAUUCCGUGUGGAAAGAGCUCGGGUUAAUUUCGAGUGUUAUCUGCAAUCUAGAUGUUUAUAAAUCAUUUCAGUCGUUGAUAUUAUAAUUAAAGGUCGACUGAACAUGAAUUAUAUUAUACAACUUAAAGCGCAUUUCUGUUUAUGCACGUGAACCCGUCUAACGUUAUUUUCGCAGUUAUAUAAAGUAGCAAAUUAUCGUUCCUGAAUAGGUGGCGCCGUGGUAGCGGAUCCUGUUCCUCUACUUCCGGUUUCUGCACUGUGCAACUAUUUCAGUUAUAUUUUUAAUUAACGAUGCCAAGUACUUGUUGUUGUGUACCUGGAUGUCAUUUAAGAGGAGGACAUGCAUUUCCAAAUGACUUAAAAAGAAGGAAAAGUUGGAUCAACGCCAUGGCCCAUACGCAGAUUGGACGAGAACACGAUGAUAUCGUGGAGUCCAUCUCAAUCAGCUGUUGUUUGCAAGGCACGUUUUACUGAAAAAGACUACGUGCAGGAAACUAUUCAUGGGCGCAAACCCACCAUACAGAGACUUAAGUCUACUGCAAUUCCCAGCCUAUUUUCCUGGACCAAGCAAGAGACUGAAUCGUCCACAAAAAGAAAAAUCAGGGCAGUUUCCUGUGAAAACAAAAGAACUAAACUUGAUGAAUAUUGUAGUAGAAAUCUAGAGGAAAGUUUUGAUUGUAAAGUUGGUUUUCCUGAAGAAGUCAUUCAUACUGCAGAAAGGAUUUAUGACUGUCCACCACCAACUGCCGAGCUAAUGUUGAGCUUCACAGAUGGAAUUACGCAAACACCAUCAAUGCCUAUGUUUUCAGCAGAGAAUUUUGAAAUGAAGACACGUGACAUAGCCAUGCAUUUUUAUACCGGUUUAGAGUUGUAUACUAAAUUUUUAUUUGUUUUGACCACACUUGGUCCAGCAGCACAUUGUUUGAGAUACAUAUAUUUUCAAAUUGAUAGGGUGUCAGUUGAAAAUCAGUUUUUUUAUGACUUUGAUGAAAUUGAGGCAUCAUACAACCAACUUUGAACUGUCUAGAUUCUAGAUUGAAUCUAGUGUUAAGAAUAUUGUGUAUACAUGGAUUGUUUUUAUGUCUAAACAGUGGUGUGAGGCUAACACUUGGCCAUCUAGUGGUUUAGUCAGGUAUUUUUCACCAUCCAACUUCAAAUUAAAGUUUCGUACGACUUGGAUUAUUAUUGACAGCACAGAAUAUCCCGUGAUAAAACCUAAAGCUCCUAGAGCUCAGGCAACCUUUUCAUCAAAUAAAAACAGAAACACUGAAAAUUCUUGAAUGUUCGACACCUGGUGGUUUAGUCAACUAUGUCUCUAUGUCACAUAGAGCGAAUUAUUGGACUUGGCAAAACAUACAAAAUUCUAAUAAAUCCUAUGAAUGGAACUGAAACAAAACUUUCAUCUGAAAUAACAUUUAGUUGUUUUAUGUUGUGUAAUUUUAGAACUUGUAUUGUGCCAAAGGAUGCAUAAAUAAAAGUGA